AUGAGCAAUUAUGACAAUGUGCAAUUAAAUGACAAGGAAGAGAAGUCCCGAGAGAGUGAGGAAGGCGGCCAGGGUCACUUGAGCCGUGAACGCCAGGAACCCCUUAAGGAGAAUAAGCCAUGCGACAUCUGUGGUCAGGGCGGUCACCUUACCCGCGAGUGCGAGCAACCCCUUAAGGUUAACAAGUCGUGCUACGACUGCGGUGAGGGCGGUCACCUUUCCCACGAGUGCCCCCAGGGUCGUACCGGUGGUCUUCGCGGUUCCAGUGGUGGUCCCAGUGGUGGUCUCGGCGG